AUGGUAUAUAUCCUAUUCUUCUUCUCUACACAAAAACCCCUUUAUUACCCAAAUGAACCAAAUCAUAAUUUCUCCAUUGACAACACUAAUUAUUCCCUCGACCCAUUUUGGGAUAAUUACUCUGUUUCUGCUAAUGAAAAUGAAAAUGAAAAAUCCCAUGUUCUUGAAGGAAUUGCUGCUGUUGUUGGAGAACAUGUUCUUUUCGGUUACAAUAACAAUGAAAACAAAAAUGAUGAUCCAAAUUCAGCAGUUUUAAUUCUGAAACGCACGUGUCCUGCAGAAAAGAGAAAUAAUAAUAAUAAUGUUCUAUCAGUGGAGAAGAGUUACAGAAGAGUGAGAAAGAGGCCAUGGGGGAGAUGGUCAGCGGAGAUUCGCGACCGUAUAGGGCGGUGCAGACACUGGCUGGGUACAUUCGACAUGCCGGAGGAGGCGGCGCGUGCGUACGACGCGGCGGCGAGGUGGUUGAGAGGUUCAAAAGCUCGAACAAAUUUCCAAAUUUCUCCGAUUGUUCCUCUUCCUACUUCACCAACAUCAACGUCAUCAUCUUCAAAUUCGUCUCGUGAAAUGAAAAUGAAAAUGAAAAAGAAAAAUGGUGGCGCUGUUGCUAAUAAUCAAAGAAAAUGCUCAGUGGUAACUUCAAUUGCGCAUUUAUUUAGCUCUAAUGAAUUUAACAAAAAAGUUAGUGUUACUGUGGAGCUUGAUCUCAAGCUCGGAUUCGGGAGGAAGUUGGGUGGGUAUUGGGUUUAUGGGGCGGGUAGUUGGUUUAUGGGUUAAAAAGAAAGGUCAAACGGGUAGUUGAUUAGAUUUAAGACACGUGUAAAAAAUGAGGGGGCCGUUAGUGAGAGGGGUAUGUGUGUACCUAUAAUUGGACGGCAGGGGCUUAUGUGGACGGAAAGUAUAACGAAAGGCAUAGACGUACCAUUUAUUAAAGUUCGGGGGUAAAUUCGU